AUGUUUGCACCUCCAGUGACACGUCCAUGUCACGCUGAAGUGCAAAAGUUCACCUUGGGUCAAGGAGGAGAAAAGACCAAACUGACAGAGAGUGAAGAAGGCAGAGAGGAAGUAUUCAAACCAGCUAAAGUGGGGAAGAGUGUGGAUGAUGUAUUGUGGGUGCAGUGUAGCAGAGCUGUCUGUGGGAAAUGGAGGCAACUAAAGGACAAUGAAGACCCAUCAGCUCUUCAUCUUGACUGGACAUGUGAUAAAAACACAGAUCCUGAAUACAGCAGUUGCUCUGCUCCAGAGGAGAGAUAUUGUACAUCUCUUGAGGAGACGUUCUUCUGUAAGCUUGUACCUGGAUCUCUGGUGUGGGCCCAGCAGAAUGGAUAUCCCUGGUGGCCUGCAAUGGUGGAGAGAGACCCAGAUUCCAAUGAGUAUCUGCUCUUUAAAAAGGAAACUGACCAAACACCUUAUAAGUGUCACGUGACAUACCUAGGGACUCCCGUCUCUCGUGCCUGGGUGCUGUAUAACAGAGUGAAGGACUAUGCAGGUUUAACGGAGGAAACUUUGCUCAAUACUGUAAAGCAGGAACGGUUAAAGAAGUCAUUGAAAGAGUCCAUUUGCAUGGCCAGACAGGCAGUCGAACUCUCAUUGAAGAGGCGAUUGGCCAGAUUUGGUUUCUGGGCUCGUCAUGUGUCAGACAGAGAAAGCUCAGAUGAGGACAGCAGCAUUGCAGCAGAAGAAAAUGAGGACCAGACAGUCCCCGAGAGCAUAGUGGAGAUGUCCCCGGAUCUGACUCCAGCCUCAAGAGAUGAGGACGGAGAGAGUGUGGAGAAGAAGAUCAGACGAGGACAGGACGGUGGACAACCAGGAGAGGGGAAGAGUGCUGACAGAUGCGCGUUCGUGUACACAGCUGACUACGAGCCCGCGUCGCCUUUAAAAAAUGAAUUAUGCGAUUACCCCCUGUCUCCUCUCCCCUCGGUUCAGUCUCGCUAUGGUUAUUCAGCUGGACGUAUUGUUCUCCCGGUGAAGAGCCGAAAUCAUCACUGUGACGAGGAACUUCUAAUCCACAGCGCAACGCAAGGACGGGCGCGCAUCCGUAUGGUGUAG